UCUCUUGUUUCCUGAUUCUUGACUAGCACGACCGCCGCCAUGUCCGCCCACGCAGGAGACGUCGAAAUUCAUUCGGUCAAACCUUCUUCGCCCAGCAAUCCUAAUGGCGCGAAGUUGAACAAAUACUCAAGUUACCUCACUCAGGACAAGAGGCGCGGAGGCGCCCAGGCGAUGUUGCACGCCGUGGGCGUUACGCCAGAGGACUUGGAUAAGCCGCAGAUUGGCAUAUCUCCGGUCUGGUGGGAGGGCAACCCAUGCAACAAUCACUUGCUUGAUCUCGCCAGGCAUGUCAAGGAAGGAUGCAAGCAAGAGGGCCUCGUCGGCUUGACAUUCAGCACCAUCGGGGUCAGCGAUGGUAUUACGAUGGGUACCGAUGGUAUGCGCUACUCGCUACCGAGUCGUGAUCUUAUCGCGGACUCGAUCGAGACUGUGGUCAUGGCACAACACUACGAUGGUAACAUUCAAAUCCCCGGCUGCGACAAGAACAUGCCCGGUUGUGUUAUUGCGGCUGCUCGUCACAACCGUCCGACGAUCAUCAUCUACGGUGGUACUAUAAAGCCUGGUGUCCGUACAGUUGAUUGCCCGCACAUGGGUUUCAAGGCUGGAGAAAACAUGAACAUCGCCGAUGCCUUCGAAUCAUACGGUGCGUUCGCUACUGGGAAAAUCACAGAGGAACAGCGCCUCGAUGUCGUCCGCAACUCGUGCCCUGGUGUUGGUGCCUGCGGUGGUAUGUUCACCGCGAACACCAUGUCGUCCGUUCUGGAGGUCCUCGGCCUCUCCCUUCCUUACUCAGCGAGUAUCCCUGCGACCUACGCCGAGAAGACGCAGGAGUGCAUCAAGGCUGCUGGCUACCUCAAGCGCCUCCUCGAGCUUGAUAUCAAGCCGAAGGACAUCCUCACUCGCAACUCGUUCCUGAACGCGAUCGUCGUUGUGAACGCUCUUGGAGGCUCCACCAACGCCGUGCUGCACUUGCUCGCCAUGGCCCGUGCGGCGGACGUCAAUAUCACCAUCGACGACUUCCAGACCAUCACCGACAAGACUCCCUGGCUCGCUGACCUCAAGCCUUCUGGCAAGUACGUCAUGGAGGACCUCCACAAAGUCGGUGGCGUCCCCGGGCUGCUCAAGUACCUGCUCAAGAACACGGACCUCAUCGACGGCAGCCAGCUGACGGUCACCGGCAAGACGCUUGCCGAGAACCUCGAGGACGUCCCCGACAUCGACUUCACGACCCAGGACGUCGUCCGCCCGCUGAGCAACCCCCUCAAGGAGACCGGCCACCUGGCCAUACUCCGCGGGAACCUCGCGCCGGAGACCGCCGUUGCGAAGAUCACGGGCAAGGAGGGGCUGCAGUUCAAGGGCAUCGCGAAGUGCUUCGAUAGCAUCCCGCCGUUCUUCGACGCACUCGAGAGGGGCGAGGUCACCGCAGGAAUGGCGAUAAUCUUCCGGUACCAGGGUCCCAAGGGCGCCCCCGGCAUGCCAGAGAUGUUGGGUCAAACCGCCGCCCUCAUGGGAGCGGGUCUCGGCGGCAAGACCGCGCUCAUUACCGACGGUCGCUUUUCAGGUGCCUCUCGCGGGUUUAUCAUCGGUCACGUCGUCCCGGAGGCAUUCGUUGGCGGGCCGAUCGCGCUCGUCGAAGACGGCGACGAGAUCGUCAUCGACGCUGUGAAGCGGUCGAUCGACUGGCUCGUUUCCGAGGAGGAGCAGAAGCGCAGGCGCGAGAAGUGGGUUCAGCGGGAGUACACCGAGAAACGCGGUGUCCUGUACCGCUACGCGCGCGACGUCGCGCCUGCGAACGUGGGCGCGUACACCGAUUGACAUCGAAACUUGGGUCAUGGUUGUGGAGCGCGGAGAAAGAAUUAGAAGUGCUGUACCUCAAAUUGUGUACAAUCCAACAAACGCUAUCCUAUGUUGCUACAACACCGUCCGAGCCGAAACGUAAUCAUCGUGAAUGUGCUGAUAUAAUGUCACCUAAGAUGUACAUCAUCCCGGUGAAGGAAUGAAGUCUGGGCGCAAGUGCGUGGAAUGGGAGGAAGGAAUGAAUUGCGGCAGUAUAGGCAAAGCAACAUCGGGCCAGUUUCCAGCAGACGACGCUUCCGCUACUGGUGGUCUUCUGGGGCUUUCACCAUAGGUCGCUGGCUGUCUGUCGAGCUUCGUGAAAGUGGCGGGUACGUGUCGCGCUUGAGGCUCAAGUUCCCUGCGCUCUUCCUGGCCUUCACGAUGUUUGGCGACGGGAUGCUCGCCGGGGCAGACGCAUUGUGCUCCAUCCCCGGCGGAACACCCGCCUUCGCACCACAACUCAGCGUGCUUGGACUCCCGCCCCCGUAUCCGUUCGCCUCACGCCCAGACUGCUCGUCGCUGAAAUCCUCCACACGCACGAUGGGCACGGUGUUCGCGUGCUUGAGCACCCUCGCCUUGUCCUUCCCCCCCUUCUCCUUCUCGAUGACGACCUUCUGCCCGGGCUGUACCUGGCCCUGGAGGACGGCGGGGUCCGGGGGGAUGAUGAACGGGUCCUUGAGCUUGGGCGGGUCGAGGAACUCGCGGUAGCUCCGGAAGCCGGCGGCUUUCGCGCGGCGGGCGCGGCGGAUCCGCUUGAAGGCCCAGACGAUGAUGCCGAUGAUCCAGGCGACGCCGACGAUACCCCCGGAGAUGAUGCCGGAGAGAAUGGGUGUGAGGGCGCGAUGGCCAUGGAGUGCGGCCUCGCGCGACUGAGAGGCCGUCAUCGCAUCCACUACGGCAGACGGUGUUACGGGCAUGAUGGUGUGGUAGAAGUUGAGGGGGACGCGGUUGCGGUGGGUGCUGGAGUCCAGCCAGAUAUGACGUCAAAGAGCCAAGUUGUC